CACAUCUGUUGCCCUGCUCAGACGCUGAACAUGCUGUGGAGUCUCUGCUUGAGCUGUUACUUCUAUCUGCACAGCACUCUGGUUUCAUCUCAAGGAAUAUCUAGAGAUGGAGAGAUUAUCAAACAGAUUAAAGGCACAAACCAGGAGCUUGCGGAAAUCAAAGAACUACUGAAGCAACAGAUACAGGAAAUAGUUUUCCUGAAGAACACGGUUAUGGAGUGUGAAGCCUGUGGCAUGAGACCAGCAGAUCUACAGCCUUCAUGUGAUCCCAACCCUUGCCACUCUGGUGUGGAAUGCAUUGUUACACCCAACGGCAUCAAGUGUGGGGCAUGCCCAGCAGGCAUGACCGGAGAUGGAACUCACUGUGAAGAUGUUGAUGAGUGUACUGUAAUCCCAUGUCACAUGGGGGUGAGAUGCAUUAACACAUCACCUGGGUUUCGCUGUGGCCCCUGUCCGGCUGGGUACAUGGGUCAACAGGUGCAGGGGGUUGGAAUCGCCUAUGCAUCUGCCAAUAAACAGGUCUGCACAGACAUUAACGAGUGUGCCAAUUCAAAUGGAGGCUGCGUGGAGAACUCCAACUGCAUCAACACACCGGGUUCUUUUCGCUGUGGCCGCUGUAAUGCUGGUUUUGUUGGGGAUCAAGUUAAAGGGUGCAAAGCUGAGCGGACAUGUGGUAAUGGCCAGCCCAAUCCUUGCCAUGCCAGUGCAGAAUGCAUUGUUCACCGUGAUGGACAGAUUGAGUGUGCAUGUGGCGUUGGAUGGGCUGGGAAUGGAUACUUAUGUGGAACUGACACUGAUAUUGAUGGCUUCCCUGAUGAAAAAUUGGAAUGUGUGGAAAGAAACUGUGCAAAGGACAACUGCCUCACUGUUCCAAACUCUGGCCAAGAGGAUGCAGACAAAGAUAACAUUGGUGAUGCAUGCGAUGAUGAUGCAGAUGGAGAUGGGAUCCUCAACAUAGAGGACAACUGUGUGCUCGUCCCUAACGUCAAUCAGAAGAACACUGAUCAGGAUGAUUAUGGAGAUGCUUGUGAUAAUUGCCGCCUGGUGAAAAACAAUGACCAGAAGGACACAGAUGCUGAUGGUCAGGGUGACGAAUGUGAUGACGACAUUGAUGGAGACGGGAUCAAAAACGAUAAUGACAACUGCAAAAAGGUGCCAAACCGUGACCAGAAGGAUCGAGAUGGUGAUAAUGUUGGUGAUGCCUGUGACAGCUGUCCCUACAUCCGCAACCCUGAUCAGACGGAUGUGGAUAAUGACUUGAUUGGUGAUCCUUGUGACACCAACAAAGACAGUGAUGGAGAUGGCCAUCAGGACUCUCGAGACAACUGUCCUGCAGUUAUCAAUAGUUCCCAGCUGGACACAGACAAGGAUGGCAUCGGAGAUGAAUGUGAUGACGAUGAUGACAAUGACGGCAUUCCUGAUCUUCUUCCACCCGGUCCAGACAACUGCCGAUUGGUUCCAAACCCAUUACAGGAAGACAUUGAUGGCGAUGGGAUUGGAAACGUUUGUGAGAAUGACUUUGACAACGACACUUUUAGUGACAUCAUUGACGUUUGUCCUGAGAAUGCAGAGGUCACUCUCACUGACUUCAGAACAUAUCAGACCGUGGUUUUAGAUCCAGAGGGCGACGCACAGAUUGAUCCAAACUGGGUGGUCCUCAAUCAGGGAAGAGAGAUUGUUCAGACCAUGAACAGUGACCCUGGACUAGCUGUGGGCUAUACCGCAUUUAAUGGAGUGGACUUCGAGGGAACGUUUCAUGUGAACACUGAGACAGAUGAUGACUAUGCAGGGUUUAUUUUCGGCUAUCAAGACAGCUCAAGCUUCUACGUGGUGAUGUGGAAGCAAGUGGAGCAGAUUUACUGGCAGGCUAAUCCUUUCAGAGCUGUAGCUGAGCCUGGUAUCCAGCUGAAGGCAGUGAAAUCAGACACAGGACCUGGAGAAAACCUGCGGAACUCACUCUGGCACACAGGUGACUCCACCAACCAGGUGAAACUGUUGUGGAAAGAUUCCAGAAAUGUUGGCUGGAAAGACAAGACCUCCUACCGGUGGUUCCUGCAGCACAGACCGCAAGAAGGCUACAUUAGGGUUCGCUUUUAUGAAGGUCAGCAGAUGGUGGCAGACACAGGAGUUAUUAUCGACGCAACCAUGAGAGGAGGAAGGCUGGGAGUUUUCUGCUUUUCUCAGGAGAACAUAAUCUGGGCCAACCUUCGCUACAGAUGCAACGAUACAAUCCCUGAGGAUUUUGAGACAUUCAGAACCCAGCAAAUCCAGCUUUUUUGAAGGGAAAUUCAUGACCAUCACAUCCCAAGAUUUUUUUUUUACAAUCUUAAUGAAUGUUUGUUUGGUGAAUUUAGUGAUGUGUGACAUAUUUUAUACUCCAUUCUUUAAAUGUAAUGAACAACUCUAGGUUUCCUCAAAAACCCCAAAUGACAGACAUAAACUGAGGACACUGCAUUAACACUGAGGUCACAAACAUCAGGAUUUAAAUAUAUAGAUAUAUGUAUUUUAAAAACACGUACAGAAAUACAGGUAACAAAAUAUAAAUGAUAUAACAAGAAGGCUCUGAUAUAUGCAGCGGAGACAUCAUGCACAUCCAUAUUUAGUAUAUUUCUUUUUUUUCUGAAAAUGGAAAAGGACCAGCAAAACACAAAGACGAAAUCAGUUCCUUCUACAAUCACUUACCACAAAUAAGAGACAAAGAUGACCACACCAGUACGGCAACUACAGAAGUGGCUGUCUAGAUUUAACCCAAAGAAAGCUCUAGACGACCACAAAUUAUAUGUCCUAAUAUACCGUUAAUUCCAAUAAAGAGCGAGCGCUGCGCUCACGUAAUGAAAGAUCACAAAGAUUUGAUGCACAUUCUGAAAUCUAACACUCUCAUGAGAGGUUUACCUUUUGAUACUUAUUAAACCUGCUUUAAGUGUCAGUCGACAAAAUAAAAAAUAUAUUUAUCGUUUUUACAGAAAUCAUAGAUGGCACUUAGUUAAUGCUAAUGCUAUGAGUUAAAGGAACACCACUUUUAUUUUUGCAAAUAGGCUGCAUUUACAACUUCUCUAGAGUUAAAGAGUUAAGUUUGACCAUUUUUUGAAUACAUUCAGCCAGUAUCCAAGCCUGGCGGGAACACUUUUAGCUUAGCUUAGCAUAGAUCAUUGAAUCAGAUUAGACCGUUAGCAUGUCGCUCAAAAUUAUUGUUUAAAAAGCUUGACUCUUCUGUUGUUACAAUAGCUAUGUUUCAAUCCAAAAAUGCUAAAUAACUUUUCAGUAAAAGUGUUUCCAUCGUAGUUUAAGCGCAUCUUUUCUUAUCGAAUAAAAAGUUUAUCCUACACAGUUAUGCGCAUGUGUUUUUUUAUACGGAUCUUUACGUUUCCAUCAACUGUUUUUUUUAUGCACAUAUCCAAAACGUAGCUAUUGUGUGCUAUUUUCUAGGUCAAUAUAGCUAGGAACUAUACUCUCAUUCUGGCAUAAUAAACAAGGAACUUUGCUGCCAUAUAAUGGCUUCAGCAGGCGCAUAUUACAAGUUCCUUGUUCUUAUUAUGACGGAACUAGAGUAUAGUUCCUAGCCAUCUCAGCCUAGAAAAGUUUUUUCAUUUUCCGUCACAGUUAAACCGCAGUCACAUUGGACUUUUUACCCAAUAUACUUCCAUUCAUACGCACGCGAAUAUGUCGGGCCGAAAAUGCAAGCUUGUGUGAAAACUUUCACAGUUCGUUGCAUUGCAAAGUUCAAACUUGGCGAAAUCGCAUCACUUGAUUGCGUGAGAGCAACCGAAGAUCAAAACAUGACCUCUCUGGACAGAAAUUUAAAACAUGGAGCAAUCUUUCACUUUUCAAAAUGUCUAACCAUCUUGUUUAAGUCCCGCCCCUUUUCGUAGCACUAUACGACAGAAUUUUGCAUGCUCAAACUCUAAGGUGAUCGCGGCAUCAGUAUUCGAUGUAACCUCAGAAGGGUCAUGCUAUACAUAAUGAAAUUAUUAAAACUCUUUUUGAAAUAUUUGAGCAUGAUGCUAACGGUCUAAUCUGAUUCAAUUGAUUAUGCUAAGCUAAGCUAAUAGUGCUCUUGCCAGACCCGCUGUUCAGCCGAAUGGAUUCAAACAUAACAAAACUUUAGGGGAGUUGUAAAAUUAGCGUUUAAAAAAAAAAAAUGUUUCUUUAAGGGGAAAGAGUGUUAUAUUGAUUAACGCUAGCAAUCCUAUGGGUCACUACUACCAUUAUGUUUUAUUUUUUGUUUUUUAUUAAGAAAUACAUCCCGUUUAGUCAACUACGUCCUUAUUAGUCUUAAUGGUACGGACAUGAUAACUAACUGCUCAGCAGUUCUAUUAAGGCUUAAAGGGGAAUUUACGCUAAAGGGGGUUUGCUUACACAAAUAACCAGAACAGUUAACAAUUCCAACAUACACAGAAGUGCUGUUAGCUAAAACCGCUUGAGUUAAACGCCCCGAACAGGCAGUUUGGCUGCAUGCUAAAUCAACAACAGAUUAUUUGACCAAUAAACACGUGCAGUCUGCUCACAUCUCCAAAUGUUUCACAUGUUAAAGCAACAAACAGACUGAGCCCUUUUUUCGGUUUGCAUUGGGAAGUCACACAAAAACACUUCCAGAAUUGUUUUCCCUCUGAAUUAUCAGUGCAGUACAGAGAACAGUACACAAAAAAACACCAUCACGAUAAACUGGGGGGAAAAACUGCAUGUACAGUUGAAAAAUAUGCAUCCUCGUAAGGUAAAACAGUCCAAGUUUCUGAAGCCAAAGAUUCUAGAGAAAUGCACAUACAUCAGUAUGAAAGCUGCCAUAUCUUUCUGACAGGAUUUGAAAUGAGAACUCACGAUGCAGUGAGAAUGAGGGGGGAAUGACCCAACCGAACAUAUUAAACAUGCUACAAUCGUGAUGAAAUAAAUCAAAAAUGCUACUGUGACCAGAAAGAAAGAGCAACAUAACAGAUCAGUGCUUUGGUCAAGCAUUCUCAAGCAGAUCAUUUGGUGUAAUGCACUAAUACGGAGCCCCAUAAAUAUAUUCCGUUUCUAAACAUGAUCACAGACAGUAAAAUGACACCACUAGCAUUAACUAAUACAUGCACUGUGUCUGGGGGUCUAUACUGUUUUAUGUGCAGUGAAUUUUUUUUUAUUGGAAUCAGCCAAGCUAAUGAAGACCUCGUACCAAAUAAAAAGCUAACGAAGA